CAGGUUGCUGGCGUUGUAUUUAUUUUUCAAGCAGGCAAAACGAUUUCAACGAACGAACCAAGCGGAGCUGCGUUUUUAAAAUUUUAAAUAACGCUCUCAACGGCCUAACAAAACAUUUUUCUUUUUUUCCUGUGAAGAAUACAAAAGCCUUUCAACAUGGGCAUUGGCUAUGGCGCCUCCGACGAGCAGCUGGAGAAACAAAUCGGAUGUGUGAAGUACACUCUCUUCUGCUUCAACAUUGUCGCCUGGAUGAUCUCUACGGCGUUGUUUGCCCUGACCGUCUGGCUGCGUGCUGAACCGGGAUUCAAUGACUGGCUGCGCAUUUUGGAAGCGCAAUCCUUUUAUAUUGGCGUCUAUGUGCUGAUUGCCAUCAGCAUCAUUAUGAUGGCUGUUAGCUUUCUGGGCUGUCUCAGUGCUCUCAUGGAGAACACGUUGGCACUCUUUGUAUUCGUGGGCACACAGAUCUUUGGAUUUGUGGGAACUGUCGCUGGAUCGGCCAUAUUGCUGCAGUACAGCACAAUUAACUCGAGCCUGCAGCCGCUGUUGAAUGUGACGCUGAGAAGAUUUGUGUCGACAUCGGAGUACACGUACUCAAACUAUGUGCUGACCAUGAUACAGGAGAAUAUUGGCUGCUGUGGCGCCAGCGGACCAUGGGACUAUUUGGAUUUGCAUCAACCGUUGCCAAGUUCCUGCCGCGACACUGUUAGUGGCAAUGCAUUCUUCAGUGGCUGUGUGGAUGAGCUGACCUGGUUCUUUGAGGGCAAGACUUCCUGGAUUGUGGGACUCGCCAUGACAAUGGCCAUGAUGAAUGUCGUCUGUGGCGUUAUGAGUUUUAUUCUCGUCCAGGCCGUCAAGAAGGAGGAGGAGCAGGCCAGCAACUACAGGCGCUAAACUUCAAAACUUCAAAACCCCCAAACUCCACAUACAACUUCAACUUAUUAGAGUUAGCUAAGUUAACAACAGCCUAGACGAGCCUAGGCGAGCGCAAAGUGCAAAAAGUUAUGUCCAUGCUUCAUAGAUCCUAAGUUUUCAUUUCGAACAAUAAGUACGUUAAUAAACAAAGCCAUCAUUGGCCCAACUAAG